CUUUCUCUCUCUCUCUCUCUCUCUCUCUCUCUCUCUUUCUGAUGGACUUGGGUCUGUCGGUCACGGUGCUGACUCCGCCGUGCCGGCAGCUCUUCCCGCAGCUCAUCUCACUGCUCAAUGCGCGGCAUCGGCUGUGGCACGGCGCAGCAGCAGCAGCAGCAGUAGCAGCAGCAGCAGCACCGUCGAGUACGACGACGCCGACGACGACCCCUUCGUCUGCCAGGCUCGAGGCUGCGUCGCAGGUGGUCGAGAGCGUGGCUGGGCUUGUGAUUGCGAGCGAGCAGCACUACCGCGUGUCGUUCGACGGCGUGCGUGUGCGUGUGGACGGGCGCCCUGUUGAGGAUCGCGAGGCUGCUGACGCUCAGCUGGUACACUCUGUGCUGUGGCGUCUCUCGCUGCUCGACAACAUCCACCUCGUCGUCCUGCACCCAGACGCAGUCAUGAUGAAUCAAGCUCAGCCGGCCUCGGACGACGUCUUCCCGGCUGGCGACAACGACGACGACAAUGAGGACGAGCGCACCCCGAGCAAAGGCAAUGGCAAUGGCAAUGGCAAUGGCAAUGGCAAUGGCAAAGGCAAGGGUCCCCAGCGCGAGUCGCCCUCAUCUGCACCACCAAUGACCCAUGAAGUGCUGUGGGCCGCCGUGUGUGAGGCCAUGCCGUCCGUGGCUGCGGUCGCCGGCACGUCCUGGCUUGCUGCGAGCGCUUCGUUGCCGACCGGCUCUGGCUCUGGCUCUGGCUCUGGCUCUGGCUCUGGCUCUGGCUCUGGCUCUGGCUCUGGCUCUGGCUCUGGCGCUGCGGCAUCAGCGACUGCUAUGCUGUCCACAUCGCCGUCGUCGCUGACAGCGGCUGUGGUCGCAGAAACGGAUUUGCUGCGCCGCGGGGCUGCUCUGUCUGUUUCGUCGGUGGACUCGCGCGAAACGGCAGACGAUCUCGCCUGGUUUCGAGGUCGCGGUGUCAUUCAAUGUCGCUAUCGAGACAGUGAUCGCAGCUACUGCGUCGCAAUGUCGGACGACUGUGUUGACAGCACUUGCGCCCUGGCCUUCCAGACUGACAAGCCCGUCGCUCCCGCUCUGCAGGACAUUCUGCACGAAACAGUGUGCCCAUUGAUCGUGCCCGUGUCGUGCAGCGCUCGAGCGCUCGAAAUGUGCAUCACGCUGCAGCAAACGUGCAUUGAGGCCAUCGACCGCGAACUUGGCCUCCAGUCUGUCGAAACGUUCAAACUCAAAGAAAAGAUUGCAGACUUGCGCUCUGUGCUCUUGCCGCGAGUCCUCGCAAAUGGCUCGGCCUACCCUUCGCUGUUUUUGUCAACCCUGUUUGACUCACUGUCCAGCUCGGCCGAGUUGGCAAAGCGACGACUCGAGGCGAAACAAAACGCGGUUGAUUGGUGCAAGAAGCAGCUCGCGUCGGACAUUCAUUCUGGCAAUUCUUCGAGUUUUGUGCCAACUCCAGGAAGCCCCAGCCCUCAUGUGUUGCCCAGAAAGCUGAUGCUGCUUCGAAAGGAGCGUGAUGACGUGUGGGUCGAGCUUUCCGGAAUUCUUUCCGCGCGCGAACGCAUCUCAGAAUUGCUGCACCAAGCCCGCACUUCCGACAGUGCUGCCGACCCCGUUUCGCCCGACGAGAUGGAUGAGCAGGACGACCUCCAGAGCUCCUUGUCAAGGCUUGGUGCAUCCUCUGCUGCCUCUGGCCCUGCUGACUUGUUUUUGGCUGCCACUGGCGCUCCACUCGCGCAGCAUUCCAGUUUGGGUUUGGCAUCGCCAAACCGGCCAUCAGUGCCCGCAGCAGCCCCGACAGCGAUUUCAACAUUGCAGCAGCAACAUGCUCAGCUGUAUGGUAUUUCCACAAACACUGCGGGCCAGUCCAGCCAUCCCCUCUUUGCGCCAUCCCAGCCUGCUCCUCAAAGAGCUGUCGAGCUUCAGCCAAUGUCACGCAAUACGCGGUCCUCGUUGGCAAGCGAUGUCUUGACGGGCUCUCCCGCUGCUGCUGCUGCUGCUGCUGCUGCUGCUGCGUUGGCACGAGGUGAUGGGCUGUCGCGGCGCGAGCGUUUGGCAAUGUGCAAUCAGUUCAUGGAUACUGUCGAAAGCAUGUCUCAUAUGGCUGCGGUUCGUAAUCGCAUGUUUAGUGACAAGAUUUUCGCCAUGUCGAUUCGUGAAAUCAUCCGAGAAACGCUGCGCCGCGUUGACUUUGAACGGGCCAGUCUUGCCAACGACUCGGCGGCCACGUCUGCUUCUGCUCUCAAGAAGGGCUUUGCCAGUGAUGCUUCAUUUGACGACGCUCUCGUGCAGCAGCAGCAAUUUUCCAGCGCAUCCAACAAGGUCUCCCACAACCCGUUGGAUUCGCGCGAGCGAGUAUGGGAGGAAACACUCAGCGUUGCCAGCGCGUCUUGGAACGAAGAAGCCAACAACAACAGCAACAACAACACCAGUGCCAACAACACCAACAGCGGCACACCACCGCCCUUCACCCCAAGCUCGUCUGUUGAUCACUUGCAUCUCAUCUCACAGCAUGUGAUUGGCAUGCUGCAAUCCCGUGACCAUGUUAUGGGCCGCAUGCUCGACGAGUUUUGUGUUCAAUUCAUCCAGCAGUGCGAGGCAACCACUGGCGGCACCCGCCGUACACUGCUGAGUGGCGAGCUUGCAGUCCCGUCCUCCAGCAGCAAUGCCGCUCUUGGGACACUUUCCUCGGGAGCGUCGUCUACGGGCGCCAACUCAUCGGCAAUUCAGCCGCGCCUGUUGCCUGCCAAGACGGGUUCGUCGCCCGUGCUCUCUUCUACGGCGACUGCGUCAACUUCUACCAUGUUGACCACAGCUCUACCGAGGCUCGCAGCGGAGGUCAAAGGCUUCAUCGACCGUCUGCACGCUUCGCUCAUUCGCGUCUUUGCCGAGCUCGAUUCUGACGAUGGCUUUGUGCACUGUCGCUUGGCGAUUGAAACCAUUCUUUUCCGACGAAUCCACGCGCCGCUGCUGCAGUUGUAUCGCGGCUUCCAUGCCGCAAAAGAAGAGCAACUUCACGACAACAUGACGCAAUUUGCCUUUGUCACUCCGGCGCAUCUGGGCGUGGCCGAAAAGUUUUGGCUGACUGCGCCUUCUGUGACGGCACCUGUCACAGUGGUUUCGCGCGCCGGAGGUGCUCCCGGCACUGCUGCCGGACUGAAUGCCAGCGGUGCAGCCACCGCGUCCCACCAGAAAGCAAAGCCCUCGCCCUAUGAUCCAGCAGUCGCCAUUCUUGGUCGUAUUGGUUCGCUGCGCGGACCGUCUGCGAAGGUUGAGUGCGUGCUCAAAACCACACGCGCCAUCCAGCAAUGUGUCGACGAUUUUUAUGCGGCCUCGGGUGGUGUGGCUGCGCCUCGUGUGUCGCUGGGUUGCGAAGACUUGUUGCCUUUGCUGGCGCAUGUGAUUGUGCGUGCAAAUCCUCCCGACAUUCUUGCUCAGGUGGACAUGAUGACCCAAUUCGUCGAUGAGGGGCUCAUGCUGGGUGCCCACGGCUACAGCCUGGUGACGUUUCAAACAGCUCUCGAGUUUCUCGCGACACUGCGAUACGACUCGCUGUCGGCCAGAUCCCGUGGCAGCACCCCGAGCAAGCAAUCCACUUCCUCUAUGCAAGCCGCUCCGCUGAACGUGGCGGCAACGCGAAACGGCAUCCGCAAGAGCAGCGCUUCGUUGUUUGGACUCGAAGGCACCGGCGCCCCUGCGGAAGAAGACGAUGAUUUUGCCGAUUCACUCUCGGCCUCCCUAGUCUUCACCAAUCCUCGUGAUGUUGUCGACCCGCGGCUUUCGGCAGCCAGUGGUGCAGUCGCCAGCUUUGCGACUGCCUCCGUGACACCAACUGCCCCCGAGGGUCUUGAAUCCCAAGUUAUUCUGCAGCGUACUCUCUCUGGCGGCUCAAGGCCAUCCUUGGAAUCGCAAGCCAUUCUGCAUCGUACCUUGUCGGGUGGCUCCCGGCCGUCGUCCACAUCGCCUCGACCAACUGCUUCAGUGGGGGACAAGAGCCUGAGCCUAUCUGCCAUUUUUGCCGCAUUGUCAAAUCCGCCCAAAGAGCGGCGCAAGAAUGCGAUUGUGUGAUGUGGUGAUCUGUGGAUUUCUUUGUCAAAUUACAAGUUGAUUGG